AUGACAACCUAUUUGGAAUUUAUCGAACAAAAUGAAGAACGAGAUGGGGUCCGGUUCAGUUGGAAUGUUUGGCCAUCUAGUCGGCUGGAAGCUACGAGGAUGGUUGUUCCGGUGGCAGCCCUGUUUACACCUCUAAAGGAGAGGCCCGACUUACCACCCAUUCAAUACGAGCCUGUCCUGUGCAGCAGGACGACUUGCCAAGCAGUUUUGAAUCCUUUAUGUCAAGUGGAUUAUCGAGCAAAACUCUGGGCUUGCAACUUUUGUUACCAAAGGAAUCAGUUUCCACCUACAUAUGCUGGGAUAUCUGAACUGAAUCAGCCUGCUGAGAUUUUACCCCAGUUUUCAAGCUUUGAGUAUGUAGUUCUGCGCGGCCCUCAGAUGCCUUUGAUAUUUCUCUAUGUGGUUGAUACUUGUAUAGAAGAUGAAGAUUUACAAGCUCUAAAGGAAUCCAUGCAGAUGUCAUUGAGUCUUUUGCCACCUACAGCUUUGGUUGGACUUAUUACUUUUGGGAAAAUUGUCCAUGUUCAUGAACUUGGAUGUGAAGGCAUUUCAAAAAGCUAUGUUUUCAAAGGAACAAAGGAUUUAUCUGCCAAACAACUGCAGGAAAUGCUGGCGCUCUCUAAAGUACCUGUUACUCAAGCCACACGUGGGCCUCAGGUCCAGCAGCCACCUCCUUCCAAUAGAUUCUUGCAGCCAGUACAGAAAAUAGACAUGAAUCUCACAGAUCUUUUGGGAGAACUUCAGCGAGACCCUUGGCCUGUACCACAGGGGAAGAGACCUUUGCGUUCCUCAGGAGUGGCUCUUUCUAUAGCUGUAGGACUACUUGAGUGUACUUUCCCCAACACGGGUGCUCGGAUCAUGAUGUUCAUUGGUGGUCCUGCUACCCAGGGGCCUGGAAUGGUGGUUGGAGAUGAAUUAAAGACUCCAAUAAGAUCCUGGCAUGACAUUGAAAAGGAUAAUGCCAAAUAUGUUAAAAAGGGAACUAAGCAUUUUGAAGCACUGGCUAAUCGAGCUGCUACGACUGGGCAUGUUAUUGAUAUCUACGCAUGUGCACUAGAUCAGACGGGUCUCCUGGAGAUGAAGUGCUGCCCUAACCUUACUGGAGGAUACAUGGUAAUGGGUGACUCUUUCAACACUUCCUUAUUCAAGCAAACUUUUCAAAGAGUAUUCACCAAAGAUAUACACGGACAGUUUAAAAUGGGCUUUGGUGGCACCUUAGAAAUAAAGACCUCAAGGGAAAUAAAGAUUUCAGGAGCUAUUGGACCCUGUGUGUCUCUUAACGCUAAAGGAUCCUGCGUGUCUGAAAACGAGAUUGGAACAGGUGGGACUUGUCAGUGGAAGAUAUGUGGACUCAGUCCCACUACAACCUUAGCCUUGUAUUUUGAAGUUGUUAAUCAGCAUAAUGCUCUAAUUCCUCAAGGAGGACGAGGUGCAGUUCAAUUUUUGACCCGGUAUCAGCACUCAAGUGGGCAGAGACGCAUCAGAGUGACCACAAUUGCUAGGAACUGGGCAGAUGCUCAAACUCAAAUCCAAAACAUUGCUGCAUCUUUUGACCAGGAAGCAGCUGCCAUUCUCAUGGCCCGACUGGCAAUAUACAGAGCAGAGACAGAGGAAGGGCCAGAUGUGCUUAGGUGGUUGGACAGACAACUCAUUCGACUGUGUCAGAAAUUUGGAGAAUAUCACAAGGAUGACCCAAGUUCCUUCCGGUUUUCAGAAACAUUUUCCCUUUAUCCACAGUUUAUGUUUCAUUUGAGAAGAUCUCCUUUUUUGCAAGUUUUUAACAAUAGUCCUGAUGAGAGUUCAUAUUAUCGUCACCAUUUCAUGCGUCAAGAUCUGACACAGUCUCUAAUUAUGAUUCAGCCCAUUCUGUAUGCCUAUUCUUUUAGUGGCCCACCAGAGCCAGUUCUUCUGGACAGCAGCAGCAUUCUUGCAGAUCGUAUUCUUCUCAUGGACACGUUUUUCCAGAUUCUGAUUUAUCACGGUGAGACUAUAGCACAAUGGCGGAAGUCAGGAUACCAGGACAUGCCAGAAUAUGAGAACUUCCGGCACCUUCUGCAAGCCCCAGUAGAUGACGCACAGGAGAUUCUUCACUCCAGAUUUCCAAUGCCGAGAUACAUUGACACCGAGCAUGGAGGAAGCCAGGCACGUUUCCUCCUUUCAAAGGUGAACCCUUCACAGACUCAUAAUAACAUGUAUGCCUGGGGGCAGGAGUCCGGAGCACCUAUUCUCACAGAUGACGUUAGUUUACAAGUGUUUAUGGAUCAUUUGAAAACUUGCUGUGUCAAGUGCUGCCUGACAUGCCAGACGUGUUAGACACUCAAGAUGAAACCCUAUUCCAGUUUCUUUUGCUUUUCCCACUUAUCUGUGGAAGCAAGUGAUCUCUCUCCAAAUCUGUCUGUGGCCGUGUGAUCUGAGGUGACAUAUGAACAAAUAUCGAUGAUUAAGCUGAAAUAUAAUAAGAGCAAUGAGAACAAGUUGGUUUUGCUUGGUACAGUAUUAUAACUGGUUUUAUAAAUUUGAGUCUUUAUGAUUUAAUGUGUUUAAAGAGUUAGAAUGGUCUGCUUUGUAUUACAGAUACACUUAUUUGUGUACUGCAGACAGAUCCAAAGUGGCACUGGGCAUCUUCCCUGACCUCUUAGGAGUAUUUAGUAGCAGCCAGAAAGGAACAAAUGAGUAGUGAUGGCAUAUGAAGAGUUUGCUUCUUUGUCAAGUAAUUUUCCUGUGUUUUUUAGCACACAUGUAUACUCUAUUCUGUAUUUGUUAAAGGGGAUUUAUUUGUGUGAUUUAUUUAGGAAUUAUUUGACUUUAUAGUAGUAAUUCCUAUGAA